UCCGUGUGUGAGCCCGAGCUUCAGUGUGGCAGUAUUUUCGGUGGAAUAGUGACGGUGUUUUGACAAGAGGGCGUUCAAAUUGUAUUUGACGCAACUUUGACGUAUGACAAAUUUGUGGUUAUAACUAAAAUUAUUAAUUAAAAAUGUUUAGUUGGUUAUCUAAAGAAGGCGAAAAGCAGCAAUUGUACGAUAAUGUUGUGGAAGGUCUUAAAAAGAUAUAUAAAACAAAGCUGUUACCUUUGGAACAGCAUUAUCAGUUUCACGACUUUCAUUCACCCAUGUUAGAUGAUCCAGAUUUCGAUGCGAAGCCUUUAAUAUUAUUAGUAGGUCAAUAUUCCACCGGAAAAACUACUUUCAUCAAAUAUUUAUUAGAAAGAGAAUUUCCUGGAAUCAGAAUUGGUCCUGAACCGACCACUGAUAGAUUUAUAGCCGUUAUGUAUGAUGAUAAAGAGGGCGUGAUACCUGGUAAUGCAUUAGUUGUUGAUCCCAAAAAACAAUUUCGGCCUUUAAGCAAAUUUGGCAAUGCUUUUCUUAAUAGGUUUCAAUGUUCUACUUUACCUUCACCUGUACUUAAAGGAAUAUCAAUAGUGGAUACGCCUGGUAUAUUAUCCGGUGAGAAACAGCGUGUGGAUAGAGGAUACGAUUUUACUGGGGUUCUUGAAUGGUUUGCAGAGAGAGUGGAUCGUAUAAUACUGCUGUUUGAUGCACAUAAGUUAGAUAUAUCAGAUGAAUUUAGAAGAUCAAUUGAAGCUUUACGAGGCCAUGAUGACAAAAUUCGCAUUGUAUUAAACAAAGCUGAUAUGAUUGAUCAUCAGCAAUUAAUGAGGGUUUAUGGGGCAUUGAUGUGGUCACUGGGAAAAGUGCUUCAAACACCAGAAGUUGCUCGAGUUUAUAUAGGAUCAUUUUGGGAUCAGCCUUUGAGGUAUGAUGUAAAUCGGCGAUUAUUUGAAGAUGAAGAGCAAGAUUUAUUCAAAGACAUGCAAUCACUUCCACGCAAUGCUGCUUUGAGAAAGUUAAAUGAUUUGAUUAAAAGAGCAAGACUGGCCAAAGUUCAUGCUUAUAUAAUAUCUGAAUUACGCAAAGAGAUGCCUUCAGUAUUUGGAAAAGAUGGGAAGAAAAAGGAACUGAUAAAACAUUUACCACAAACUUAUGAAAAACUGCAAAGGGAGCAUCAAAUAUCUCCAGGCGAUUUUCCAGAUGUCAAAAAAAUGCAAGAAUGCUUACAACAUCAUGAUUUUACAAAAUUUCAUCCGUUGAAAUUAAAACUUCUUGAAGUAGUUGAUAAAAUGAUGGCUGAAGACAUUUCUAAGUUGAUGGAUAUGAUACCACAUGAGGAAUCAACAUCUAAAAUAGAACCACUCAUUAAAGGU